CUUCCCUGUACGAAUUUUCAGAUAUUUUAACUCGUUUAAGCGUUUACAAAUUGCUUUUUUGGUUGGUGAAAGUUGAAUCAUUGCCAACAACUCACUUGAACAUCUUGUGCUGAAUGUAUUGUAAUAAUUUAAGAUACCUCCCAUUCAUUUACUCAGCUGGAACAACAACUGCCCGCCACUCACUUCGACCGGUGCAAUAUCACAAUUAUUUCAGUAUAACUGUUGUAGUUUUGUAUAGAUUAGUCGUAGUUUUAGGUAGUGACAAGGGUCAUAGGUGAGAAUGGCAGGCCGACUUUCUGAAGUGAAAGUCAAAGAAAAGAGAAAGUAUAGAAAAAAGUCAGAACAGAAAAUAAUUAAGAAAAAGGGGGUGUUUUUCUGCAUUGAGGACGAGGGGGAUGGAACAGGGAAGUGUCGAACAGAGUACAAGAACAUGAUCAAAGGAAAAGUCCACAGCCACCAGGCACAUGUCCAUUACAACAAAGAGGCCCAGAAGGCAUAUAACCGAAAACUUGGACGGAAAAGGCUCGCAGAAAACAGUCUGACUUCAUAUUUGUCCCAUAAAAAAGAACAAGGCCUUCUUCCUUUAUUUCCCAUUCAAGAGUACAACUCUGACUCAGAUUGGGAGGACGACGUUCCAUUACAAUUCUUAAUUGACAGGAAGACAAUUGAUGCAGCUGAAAAGAAGAAGUAUGCAAAACACAACGCAUCAUACAAUGCGUCCUUCUUCGUCUCAUAUGUCCCUGAGAAACCGGAUAUUGGACCAGAGGCGACAUACGAAAAAAGAAACAAAGAAUUGAAGAGGUUGAAGAAGAAAGCAGUCCAGAAACUGAGCAAGGAGGAGACAGCCAAAUAUACUUUCUCCCUCUACUAUGGCACAUCUCAUGCACAAAAACUGACAUGUGGCUAUCUCAACGGCAGUUCCCUAUCAAGUGGUGGUGCAAAACUCUUAAAAUUAAUGAAAGAUGGUCAAGUGUGUCAUAGACAAGAUUUCACUUUCUCCGGGAGAACUGCAGAUGAAAACAGGGAUGACGCCAUGGACUGGCAGCACUUUUAUAAGCAUGUCAAGCUGGAGAAAGAGUUCGUGCCACAAGAUCAGACGAAAGUCAUCUUCGACAUACUGAAUGGAGGUCUCAAAGGUGGACUGCAAAGAAAGAAUUCAUACAAGCGGGUGCUGAGUGAUGAUGUAAAAGGGAAAGCAAAGAAGAUCGGAUGGCAGAAUAGGCCACUCAUUCCCCUUUCACCAGAUCUGUUGCAACAAGACCCAGAAGACGUGCCAUAGGAUUCAGCACAGACUCAGCGUCAAACAAAAGAAUUAAAUGUUUUUAUCGGUUCACUUUUUCCCAAUUUAUGAAUUAUUCUCAUUAAUUAUAAUUAAUAAAUAUACAUGUAUAACGUACCUGAA